AACUGUAGAUAUUUUUGACUUUGAUCAUAGACUUUGAUAAACUGAAAAAAGUCAAUCUUAAGUCCGAGGCAAUUUAAAAAAUAACACAAGCAAGAGUUUAUUUCUGAACAAGAUUAAGAGCUUUGUAAAAGCAAGCGCCCCAAAUUAGAACAUCGUAGAAAUAGAUCGAAUAACACUUUUUAUUUGAUACUUCAUUAAAAAGACCUCUUCGCUUGGAAAUAAUCGAAUUUGAAUCCAAGAAAAUGAACGAAAACCAAACGAUUUCGGAGAAGGAACUAUUGGACGCCCUAAAAAACCUUUUGAAAAAAACCGGUCAUCUGAAUAAAUUUCAGGCAGAGAUACGUGCAAAGGUGACGGAAAUUCUACAAGAAAGACAGGUAUCUCAAAACCCCGACUUCCAAAGUCCUGGCGCACCAAAACCGACCAACGAAGUGCUACUGAUCAACGAACUGAUCAAGGAAUAUUUAGAAUGGAACGGCUACCUGUACACCGCGACGGUGCUGACGUCAGAGGCCGCCAUGCCCGCCGCGCAAAAGCCGCGCGCGGAGCUGUGCGCGGAGGUGGGCGUGAAGGACGACGACAAGUCUUCGGCACUGCCGCUGCUGGCCAACAUCGUCGCCGCCUACACGGAGCGCAUCAAACGCAAGAUCAGCAAGAGCAAGAAGGACAGCGUCUAACUGAUGUCCGCACCGAGUGCCUCCCGCACGUCCGCAUCACAUCCGUUUCACGUUGGUGCCUCCGCUUUAUGACAUUUUGGCCACAUUCCUCGUGUCUAAUUCGAACUAGGAUCAUCAAUAAAAUUGUACCUAUCCUGUCGGCAUCAGUUUCAAGUAAAGAUUGAAUAGGCAUCUUCUAGGCAAGUGCGCUUUAUCUCGGGCUGCAUC